AAUACAUACACUCUACUAGUAGAACGUAUAGUACAUACUGCAUAAUGUAGGAUAAAAUCGUAUCACAUUAUUUCGCAUGUUAGACUGCACGAACACACGCUAAGGAAAAGAAAGGCGAAAUUCUCAGCGCCAUUACAUACUUGACAAACCACACAAACGACCACGGACAUUUGGAAGUACAGAACCAAGCAACAACACACACACGCCACACAAUCGACCACGGACAUUAUAAGUAUAUAAUCAAGUCACGCAAACACACACACACGUACGGUGCGGAUUAUUACGUGUAUAGUUAAAAAAUAACAUACAAAUACUUAUAUACAAUGAAAAGCUAUCCCAGUACACCUGACGGUAACUCGCAGGCACACAGAGAUCCGCCCAGACGACUCGAGUUCAGCGAAAGUGACGAUGGCGAUCAAGGGCCAAACGACAGUACAUUCACCCCCACACCCACCCCACAGCAUCAUCGCACGCCUACAACUACAGGCACAGCGGGUAUGCACUACUACCAUAGCGUACACGGUCAGCAAGCGCAUCUGAACGCACCAAUUAGGCGCGUUAGGCCUGGGAACCUGCACACGCACGCAUCACAGGACACGCGUGGAGAUGCUUCGUUUUCGAGGAAUAGGACUGAUGCGCAUGAGGUGAACGAUAUCUCCAUAUUUGGGAGUGAUUCAUCAGUGGAGCGCGAUGACGGGAUGUCUCAGAGCGAGUACUUCGAUAGUGCAGACGAUAUGGACUCAGAUGCCGACCGUGUAGACGACCUUUUGAACGAACUUGAACAGGAUGCGGGGUUCGAAUAUCCCUCUUUGAGUGCGUCUAGUGUAACUGAGCCUAGUCUGGAUGAUCUCAAGAAGCAGAUACAGAAAGACGCGUGGAUGUACGAUCCGAUUGACACGCUGCUUGGCCUUAAAUAG